CGCACCCUUUCCCUCUUCCUUUCCCUCCGCUUCUCUCUUCGCCGUCGUCGCCGUCACCGUCGUUCGUCGUUCUAUUCCUUCGUCGUUGUCAUCGCCGUCGUUGGAAGAACUGUUUAUUAUUGGAGCUUAAAUCCAUACGUCGUUCUGUGGGUUGUAGAAAGUUUCGAGCACUCAACUUCACUCGCCUCUCCCUUACCCUCGUUCUCUCCGCUAGGCCGCCUUAAGCCCACCUACCUCCCACCAAAAACUCAAACCCUUCCUUCCUUCCAGGACCCACUCUACAUAUACCGCCAUGUCUUCCCGUCCGAAACAAUCCAUGUCCGAGCUCAAGCUUCGUCGGCUUUUGGAGCAUAACCAGCGUUUGAGGGAGGAUCUGGGGAGGCCUCGUAUACGUGUGAGCGAGGCAAGCGCUAGCUUGAUUAGGUAUUGCAAAACGACGAAGGACCAUUUGGUGCCAUCUGUAUGGGGUCCAGUCGGCAAGAACGAGGACCCGUACGCACCUCAACAGACCGGAGGAUGCUGUCUCGUCCAAUAAACUAGCAGCCCACCGUCCUUCUCGUCUUCUUCUUCUCUUGCACUCGGCCCACCACCCCACAUACCUGUCUUACCCUGUGCAUCUUUCUUCCUCGCUUCCUUUUUUAUGGUCUCUUCCCGCGUCCGUCUUGCUGCUGCUCUGCCCGUUAACAUGUCUGAUUUUGGUUUCGUCGUCUUCCCUGUCUCAUCCUGUCCUGUCCUGUCCUUAUUGAUUUUUUUCUCUAUUUUCCCCUGUUCAAACUUUCAACCUUUAUCUUCCUCUUUUUAUGAGUUCCGUUAGGUUGUUCUUGAAGCAUACAUACAUACGUCCGUUCCUUGCCUUUUCUUUUUUCUUUUUUCUCUUAUCAAAUAUCAUCCUUUUCACCGCACACUCACACCCGCGCUCGCCGCCUGGCCCAUCCACCUCCAUAACCGCCUACCUAGCCACGCCACGCCAUUUCCCAUCUCACCGCACCCGCACCCGUCGAACGAUAGUCCCCGCACCAUCUCCGUGUCCUAUCUGACCCUACCUCGCAAGAAGGUGAAGGUGAAGGUCUCGCCGCUGCUUUUUUUCUAUUUUUCUUUCCUUCUUUGUGUCUUUUUUGUGUUUCUAGGAAUAAAAUCUAUCUAUGUUUAGUGUUUUUCUUCCCUUUUCUUUUCCGCUUCUUUUUUAUUCUCGUGACUUUUUAUCUUUUUAUCGUUUGCGCGUUUCUUCAACAUCACCAACCAGUUCAAAGCGUUCGUCGGGCUGUUCCUGUUCCGUACAUACGUGCGACCGGUCGCGAAUUUCAGGUUGCUUUUUUGAACUUAUCGGUUUAUCGCAUGGAUGGAUGGGUUGGCAAGUUGGCGGAUUGAUGGGGGUGUGCAGAUGGACGGUUCACUUUUCUUCGGGCGGUUGGCGGUUAGCGCUUGUCCGUGUCCAGGUGUCGUUCAGAUGUGGUGCGGUGUGCGCUGUGUGGCGUAGCGGUUGGGCUUGGGCUACAGUAUGUUAUGGUUAUGGAACCCUUUAUUUCUUUGGUGCUUCGUGCUCGUGGCUCAAAUCUCAGACCUUCGAAUUCGUGGGUAGGUCCAGGUAUGGCGUGGUCCAAACAACAGCCGGCGACAUGGGAGAGCGCUAUUAUGGUCCAGGGAUGGGUACCGUUUCGGAUCAGCGUGUCGACAUCGUUCUGAGUUCUAACGUUCCACCUUCUGGCGCAUGGGCAGCUGAGUUAGGAGGCAAGGGAAGCCAAGGAUUCAGGCGUUCGACCGGGUCGGGGACGUCGGCUGUUGGUGUGAUGUGGUUUUCGCAGGGGGAGGAUCUUUGCUAGGUAAAAAUAGAACGAGGAUGAGGCAGAGGAGAUAAGAAUAGAAUGGGAAGGACGAUCGCCUGUUUGAGCAAACUGUGUACCCAGAGUAGGCACGGCGUUUCUUGAGAAUCAUGUUGG